AGACCACGAGGGUAGGGAUGGACGCCCCCACCUCCGCACAUCUGCUAGGAGCUCCAGAUUGCAGGGCAGGGAGGCGCUUCUCGGAAAACGAAAACCGCCGGGGCGGGGCGGGGCGGGAACCGUAGAGGAAAAAGGAAGUGCCGGCUACAACUCGACCCAUCAGCGCGGACGCUCCAGGGAGGCCCGCCAUGGCUGCAGGAGUUACUGGUACGGAGUCCGCGACUCCUGCCUCCUUCAUGGCCUCGCUACCUCUGACAGCGCUCAACAUGCGAGUGCGGCGCCGCCUGUCGCUGUUCUUGAACGUGCGGACACUGGUGGCGGCCGACUGGACCACACUGGCGGAGGAGAUGGACUUUGAAUACUUGGAGAUCCGGCAGCUGGAGACGUUUGCCGACCCCACCGGCAGACUGCUGGCCACCUGGCAGGGACGUCCCGGCGCCUCUGUAGGCCGGUUGCUCGAGCUGCUCGCUAAGGUGGGCCGCGAAGACGUGCUGGUCGAGCUGAGACCCAGCAUUGAGGAAGACUGCCAAAAAUAUAUUUUGAAGCAGCAACAGGAAGAGUCUGAGAAGCCCUUACAGGUGGCCGCUGUAGACAGCAGUGUCCCACGGACAGAGGAGAUGUUGGGCAUCACCACACUUGAUGACCCUCUGGGGCAAAUGCCUGAGCGUUUUGAUGCCUUCAUCUGCUACUGCCCCAGCGACAUCCAAUUUGUGCAGGAGAUGAUCCAACAACUGGAACAGACAAAUUAUCGGCUGAAGCUGUGUGUGUCUGACCGUGAUGUCCUGCCUGGCAUCUGUGUCUGGUCCAUUGCCAGUGAGCUCAUUGAGAAGAGGUGCCGCCGGAUGGUGGUAGUUGUCUCUGAUGAUUACCUGCAGAGUAAGGAAUGUGACUUCCAAACCAAAUUUGCACUCAGCCUCUCUCCAGGUGCCCAUCAGAAGCGUCUAAUCCCCAUCAAGUACAAGGCAAUGAAGAAAGAAUUCCCCAGCAUCUUGCGGUUCAUCACAAUCUGUGACUACACCAACCCCUGUACCAAGUCUUGGUUCUGGAUUCGUCUUGCCAAGGCCUUGUCCUUGCCCUGAAGACUGCUCUGGGACUGUGCAUGUGUGUGCAUCUAUCUGCCUGUCUAUGUACUUCUGCCCCUACAUCCUUCUUCAUUUGAAUCAGACCUCUACUUGCUUCUCAAUCCCUGAAGAUGUCUAUUCCACAGACAUGUCUGCAGCUAAGCUGCUGGACAUCAUCAUAUCCUAUGUCCUGUAUGGAAUCAGUGACUGAGUGGCUGCUGGGUUAUCAGCCAGAACAGUGAAGAACAGGACCAGCUGGAACUAAGAGGAGGACCAGUAGAGCUAGCUCUGAGCCAUUCAUACAUCUUUGGCUUCAAUUUCCCCACUUAAGAAAUAGGAUGGGGAGAAUAGGCA